AACACAAGCUUUUGUUUUUUUAUUUCUAUCAUCUAUACAAUUUUAUUAAUUAUUAUACAAAAGUCAAAAUCAUAAACGAAAACAUUUAAUAAAAUAAAUUAACGAAAAAUAUAAACAGUUUUAGUGUCGAAAAUAGAAAUUGCUGUCAUUAUUUUACAACGUUAACUUCAAAAGUUGACGAAACGGUUGCGUUGCAUUAAAGUCCGCUUUUAAAAGUACAUUUUAAUGGAUUUUGAAAAAGUCAAGGAAAAAGCAUUCGAGAAUGCCCACAAAGGUAAUAUCGAUGAAGUAAUAAAAGCCAUCAAAGGACACGGUAGACUCCUUAAAGAAGUCGAUGUAAACAAUCGAUUGCUUUUACAUUGGGCAGCACUCGGAGGUCACGACAGACUUGUACGCUACCUUCUUGAAAACGGCCAACCAGAAGAUGCUUUGGACGAUAUGCAAACCACACCCUUCAUAUUAGCUGCAUCGGCUGGCCGUAAUGAUGUUGUAAAAACUCUCGUUGAAUACGGCGUCAAUGUUAAUGCCAAGAAUCAAGAAGGACACUCGGCUAUGCAAUACGCGGCUUCAAAAGGUUGGACGGAAGUUGUCAGGUAUUUACUGUCGAAAGGUGCCGACGUCGACAUAACUGAUAACCGAGGAGCGACGCCGUUGCACAGAUGUGCGUCAAAAGGUAACAUAGCAAUAUUGAAGCUACUACUGGAUUCUGGCGUGAACGUGGACGCUAAAGACAGUUACGGAAACACGGCACUACAUCUGACGUGUGAAGAAGGACGAGUACAAGAAGCUGGACUGCUGAUAAAAAGCGGAGCGGACAACACGAUAUUGAAUAAAGAAAAACUAACACCAUUCGAUUUGGCACCGGCCGAUGUGCAAGGAAUUUUACGAAAAAUAUAAUGAGCGUACUCUGUUUGAAUAAGUACUGAGUACGAGUAAAAUAUUUUGUUUUUGUAUAAGAAAAUCCACUUAGUGGUUAUAUCCUCAUUGUGUGAAGACUUAAUAAACAAAAAAAAAAUCAUCGGUAACUCCCAUUUUUAAACUGAAUAUAAGAAUUUGGCGUUACCAGAUUUUUCCUUACUUUUAAGUUACUAUUCAAACGCUCAAUAAAAGCGUUUGUGUUGACCUAUUUUUGUUUCAACGGAAUCUGUUUUUUUUUUGUAAGCCAAAUUGCGCAAUGAAUAUUUAAAUUGUUGCUAUUUUAUUUUUGUUAAAUUUUUAAUCGCCUAUUUUUUCCCCCCUCAUAAUAAAGUUUAUU